AAAAUGGAAUUCGUUUGAGGCUAAAUAUCGUUGAUACCCCCGGAUAUGGCGAUCAAGUCAACAAUGAAAAUUGUUGGGAACCAAUUAUUAAGUAUAUUAAAGACCAACAUAGUGCUUAUUUGCGUAAAGAGCUCACUGCUAUGCGUGAAAGAUAUAUCCAAGAUACCAGAAUUCACUGUUGUUUAUUUUUCAUUUCUCCGACUGGUCAUGCUCUUAAGCCCAUUGAUAUUGUGGUGCUUAAAAAACUUUCGGAGGUGGUCAAUGUCGUUCCUGUCAUUGCCAAAUCUGAUUCUCUGACGAUGGAAGAACGGGUUGCUUUUAAACGAAGAAUAAAGUCUGAAUUGGGCUUUCAUAAUAUCAAGUUAUAUCCUUAUGACAGUGAUGAACUUGACGAUACUGAACGAAAUCUCAAUGAUAGCAUUAAGCAAAUUAUUCCUUUUGCAAUCGUUGGUUCGGAAAAAAAUGUUGUUAUUGACGGCAAGUCCGUUCGUGGUCGAAGAAACAGAUGGGGUGUUAUCAAUGUGGAAAACGAACAACAUUGUGAAUUCGUUCAUCUUAGAGAUUUCCUUACACGAACCCACCUUCAAGAUCUUAUUGAAACUACCGCUCAAAUUCACUAUGAGGCUUUCCGUUCUAAGCAGUU